AUGCCUACCCCACCUCUAGUGCAUGUGGACCCCACCAUGUCAGCUCCAUCUCAAACCCCCCACGGAGAGGCUGUACAGAUUGAGCAGAUACCGGCUGAGGACAUUGAGCCGGUGGAGGCUUUGCGGAGAUCGCGACGCCCGCGUGCGCAUGCUCCCGAUUGCGGGACCGGUGAUGGUAAGAUUAGACCUGUCAGGGCAUAUGGGCGGAAACGAAAACAUCAUUAAAUGCCUUAGUGUAUGCUUAUACUUCCUGCCUAUAGGUGACUGCAUAGUGACUGGAAUAAGCAUGCAAAAUGUUCUACUAAUUGGGGAGAAUCUUGGUGGCUGUGCAUCUAUUUCUGGAUCAUUGCUUGGGGAGAAUACUGGCUGUCAAUGUGUUUGUUGUCAAGAAAUUGAUAUUUUGGAGAAAACCCAUAAGGCAUAUUGUAUUUAUUGAUGUAUUAGGAAGUUUUUCUGCACUUGGAGUUUUGAUUGCAAUUUGACAAAUGUCUGGAUUGGUAUUCAUUUGAAGCCAAACUUUCUUGUGUUUUUAUAUGUUGUUAGCUACAGUAAAGUGGGUUGUAAGAGAGUAAUUUGUUUUUUUAUUUUUGUUAUUUUUGUGAGAAACAAAUGUGUGGUAUUGUUGAUAAGCAAGAAGAAGUAAUUUGAUACUUUCUGUAAAAGAGUUU